GCCAUGGCCGGCGGACGAGGCAAAGCCAAGCCGCUCGAGUUCACGCCGACAUGGAUCGUCGCGUCCGUCUGCUCCAUCAUCGUCAUCAUCUCCCUGCUCUUCGAACGCUUGCUGCACCGCCUAGGCAAGAGGCUGAAGAAGAGCCGAAAGAAGCCGCUGUAUGAGGCCCUCCUGAAGGUGAAGGAGGAGCUGAUGCUGCUGGGGUUCAUAUCGCUGCUGCUCAACGUGUUCCAGGCCCCCCUGGGGAAGGUAUGCGUCCGCCGGAGCGCCAUGCGCCACAUGCUUCCCUGCAAGCCGCCGCCGCGCCGGCCGCGCAAGACCGAGCACUUCGCCGAUGCUGUGUUCACCGGCGUCAUGGAUGGGGCCAGGCGGCUCCUGGCCGGAGGAGGCGCCACCGACGAAUACUGCCUCAAGAAGGGCACAGUUCCAAUACUUUCAGCUGAAGCUAUUCAUCAGUUACACAUAUUUAUCUUCGUGCUGGCGGUCACUCAUUUCCUUUUUAGUGCUAUUACAGUUCUUCUAGGAAUUGCUCAGACGAGAAAGUGGCGAAAUUGGGAGACCAAAAUCCAAAGAAAUGAUGAUAGUCCGCCUCGAAUGAUCAAGCAUGUUCAAGAAUUCAAAUUUAUUCAAGACCACUUUAAAGGUGACAAAAAACGAUGGAAGACAUUUGGUUGGCUGCGUUCCUUCUUCAAACAAUUUUAUGGAUCUGUCACCGAGGAGGACUAUACAACAAUGCGACUUGGUUUCAUCAUGAAACACUGUCGGGGGAACUUAAAAUUCAACUUUUACAGUUACAUGAUUAGAGCAUUGGAGGUUGAUUUCAAGAAGGUUGUUGGUAUUAGCUGGUACCUUUGGACUAUGCUGAUGAUAUUCCUAUUGUUGAAUGUUCAAGGAUGGUAUGUCUACAUUUGGAUAUCGGUGGUUCCAUUCAUUAUGCUACUUGUAGUUGGAAGUAAGAUGGAGCACAUCAUUACGGAACUGGCUUAUGAGGUUGCCCAGAAGCAUACAGCAAUUUGUGGGGAAUUAGUGGUAGCUCCUUCAGAUGAUUUCUUUUGGUUCCAUCGGCCUAAAUUAGUCCUUUUGUUGAUCCACAUCGUCCUCUUCCAAAAUGCAUUCGAAAUUGCAUUUUUCUUUUGGCUCCUGGUAACAUACGGCUUUAAAUCAUGUAUCAUGGGAAAACCAGCAUAUGUUAUUACUCGAGUUGUCAUAAGUGUCAUUAGCCAAUUCAUAUGCAGCUAUAGUACCCUACCGCUAUACGCCAUCGUCUCUCAAAUGGGGAAUUCAUUCAAAAAAUCUAUAAUUGAUGAGAAUGUGAAUGAAGGCCUUGUCAACUGGGCUGAAAAGGCAAGGAGAAGCACAAGAGUCCCAAACAGAGCAGCUAUUGAUGCAAAUAGUUCAUCAAUUGAUUAG